AUCUCCACAGCAGAGCCUCUCCUCCAGCAGCAAAGUGCUUAAAGCCAGGUGCUGUUCUCACCUGGGCUCUCCAGCCUCAGCCCUGCUGCCUCCUGGACGAGUGCUCUCCUGGGCAGGUUGCUGGUCUGGGGCCAAGGGGAGGGCCAUACGGGGGACUCCGGGACAGCCUUUGUCCCAGGCACUGAGCGCCACACUCCAGGUACGCGCUGACACCGAGGUUGGAGGAAGAAUGGAGUACAAAGCCAAGGUCAUUGCAGGUCUCAUAGCAGCCACCUGUGUCUUCAGUAUCAUUGCCCUCAUACUGAGUGCCGUAAAUGUGAAGGAUGUGUUUCUGCCUCCCAGCAAUAAGUAUGGAAUGGUGUUUGAUGCUGGCUCCACACACACGGCUCUCUACAUCUACCAGUGGCCUGCGAACAAGGAGAAUGGCACAGGCAUUGUCAGCCAGGUGGAAACCUGCACCGUGAAUGGAUCUGGCAUCUCCAGCUACGCAGAUAACGCCACUAAGGCUGGAGACAGCCUGAAGCCCUGCCUGGACAAGGCCAUGAAGAUCAUCCCUGCAGAGCAGCAGCGGGACACCCCCGUCUACCUGGGGGCCACAGCGGGCAUGCGGCUGCUGAGGCUGCAAAACAGCACAAAAGCUGAGCAGGUCUUCGCUGAGGUCACCAAGGCCAUUCGAGAGUACCCCGUGGAUUUCCGUGGAGCUCAGAUCCUCACAGGAAACGAGGAAGGCUCCUUCGGCUGGAUCACCGUCAACUACCUGCUGGAUACGCUCAUCAAGUUUUCCUUUGCAGAAAAAUGGGAACAUCCGCAGGGCACAGAGGUUCUGGGAGCUCUGGACCUUGGAGGUGCCUCAACACAAAUAACCUUCCAGCCCGGAGUCACCAUUGAGGACAAAAACACAUCUGUGCUCUUCAGGCUGUAUGGCACCAACUACUCCCUCUACACCCACAGCUACCUCUGCUAUGGGCAGACGCAGGCCUUGAAGAUGUUAAUGGCAGCUCUCCACCAGGGCAACCUAUCUUCCCAGCACAUAUCGCACCCCUGCUACCCCAACGGAUACCAGGAGAACAUCACCAUGGAAGAGCUCUACAACAGUCCCUGUGUCCGCACACCGAGCACACCCAGCCCCACACAGGUCCUCAUCGUAACGGGGACAGGGGACCCGGCAGCGUGCAGUGCUGCCAUGCAGAAACUCUUCAACUUCAGCUGUGAGACCAACAGGACGUGCGGGUUCAACGGGGUUUAUCAGCCGCCUGUGCGGGGACAGUUCUUUGCAUUUGCUGGGUUCUACUAUGCCUUCCACUUCCUGAACCUGACCGGCCAACAGUCUUUAACCCAUGUCAACACCACGGUUCAGGCCUUCUGCAACAAGACCUGGAAAGAGCUGGAAAAGACCUUCCCUCAGGACGAAUACCUACACACAUACUGCUCUGUGGCGACUUAUAUCUUGACACUGCUGGUUGAUGGCUACAAGUUUGAUGAACAUACAUGGAGCAGCAUCCACUUCACACAGAAGGCAGGAAACGCAGACAUUGGCUGGACGCUGGGCUUCAUGCUGAACCUCACCAACAUGAUACCCACGGAGCCUCUGGAACACCUCAAGGGGCACCAGCCCAGUCUGUGGGCAGGUGCCAUCUCCUUCAUUGUGCUGGCCAUAGUUGCAGGCCUGUUGGCAAUUCUCCUUCAGUGUUUCUGGAAAUCCAAGUAGCUCCCAGUAUCUAAGCUAGGGGCACCCUACCCACUAAACCAGACAGGGAAAGUCAUGCAUGAGAAGGUGGAAGGGGAAGACAGUAAAGGGCAUUAGACUCACCUCCACUGCUCUGGAGGCCCACUUAAACAACCUCUGUAAAGACAUCAAGGAUGGCAAAGGCAUCUUGAGCUCCCUACGCAUCUCUAAGAGGAAGAAAUGCCUGACUCCAGGAACGUCUUCAAUCAGGCUGACAAAGGCCAACCGAGACAAGGUGGCUAGAAGAUGAAGCCAUAUAAAUUCAAACUAGAAAUAAACCUCUUUUUGUUUUUCAAACACAAAGGUUGCUAACCAGCCUAGCAGAGUUUCCAUCCAUUGGCACUUCCAGUCCUUGUGGGUUGGCUCUCCCGGCAGCCAGCCAGCUGCAGCCAUGGGAGGCAAUGGGUGCUGGAGAGCAGUGGUGACCGCUUAAACCCUAAGGAGGACUGACAUUUUCUGUAUCUUGCCCUGUGCAAGAUGUGCAAGAUUUUUUGUAGCGUGUGACAGAAAAUCUUUCCAAGGACAGACUGACUGACAGCUGUCCUUAAGAUAUUUACUGGCAUAUCUCAGCAGAAAAAUACAAUCAGAACUUGAUUUAAGAACUGCCAACUCUGGCUUAGAGUUUAUUCUAUAUUCAAGUUACAUAGCUCAGCUUUGUCAGACACUUAAUCCACAGCAGGUUGCAGCUCCAGGCACUUGAGUAUUUUAUUUACAUCAGCGGAGCCCAGACUAUCUCAGCUGCAGGAAUCAGACAGUCAUUUCAGCCUUUCAAGCUACAGCUACCAGCCCAGUGCUGCACUACCCAGUCAGACCCCUCCGCAAUCCCUCCAAGCCUCUGACAAAGCCCAGGGCUGCUGUGAGCAGGGAUGUUUCCACAGCUACCUCUCCUCUGCACUGAAAGACCCUUAUCCACACAGCAGUAAAAUCCAGGUAGGACUUUUUAAGGGCUUGAGAAAGAAAAAAAAAAAAAAAAA